AGUCGGUGGGAGGGGGCGGAGCUAUCUGCGGUCAGCAGCGGAUCUCGCUGUGGGCCCUCGCUCUGGGUUUAGCUACACGAAACCGGAAACACACCAUGUAAAUAUUAACACUUCAGCUAAAGUUCAGGAUCACUCUGUUGGUUUCAGGGCGGCAACAUGUUUUGAAAACCAGCCAAAGCACGCGGGGAAACUCGAGGUGAGCGGUCCGUUCUGCGUAUUGCCUCGCGGGAGAGCUGUUACAAAGAUGCCUGAAGUACGGGAUCUGACUGAAGCUUUGCCAGAGAUGCCAAUGGACCCAAUCACUGGGGUUGGAGUAGUAGCCUCCAGGAACAGAGCUCCAACUGGAUAUGAUGUAGUAUCCACGACGACAGAUGGCCUUGAUGCAGACCUGUGGAAAGAUGGCCUUUUCAAAUCUAAAGUGACCCGUUACCUUUGCUUCACCAGAGUUUUUUCCAAAGAAAAUAGUCAUUUAGGGAAUGUAUUAGUGGACAUGAAGCUCAUUGAUAUAAAGGACACCUUGCCUGUGGGAUUCAUCCCAAUCCAGGAAACGGUGGACACCCAGGAGCAAGCCUUCAGGAAGAGGCGACUCUGCAUCAAGUUCAUUCCAAGGGACUCCACAGAGGCAGCGAUUUGUGACAUCCGGAUCCUCGGGCGCACCAAGCAGGCACCUCCUCAGUAUACGUUCAUUGGGGAGCUUAACAGCAUGGGAAUCUGGUACCGCAUGGGGAAUGUCCCUCAUGCUCAAGACGCUGCUGUCCCACCACCCACCAACGCCAUUCAAAAUGUGAACAACUCCACCCCUGCUCCUGUUCCAGCAGCUCCGAUACCCAAGCAUAUCUCCAUGACCCUGCCUGCCAGCUUCAGAGGGAAAAACACCACCAGACCGGAUUAUGAGCACCACAACUCCAACCUUUAUGCCAUCUCAGCGAUGGAUGGAGUUCCCUUCAUGAUCUCUGAGAAGUUUGCCUGUUCUUCUUCUGAUCUGCAGCAGGUGGACCUGAUGGGCAUUACGAUCAAGUCUCUGGCUGACAUCGAGAAAGAGUACGACUACAGCUUCCGUACCGAGCACAGCGCCGCCGCUCGCCUUCCCCCGAGUCCCACACGGACCACCCUGAGCUCAGAGGCUUGAGCCCGCCUCCCGCGGCGUUCCCACCUGAAGACCCGAACCCAACUACUGAGACCCGGCCCACGUCCUGCAGCACAGACACUACAGUUCUCCACCACGAUGACAGUGCAGGAGACGAGAAGCCGGCAGGAGCCAGAGCGUCUUUCUGUGGUCUCGCUGUCGUCCUGCUUCUCUAUCUGCAAACGGGAAACAUUGUAACCAAGAGGGUCGACCUAAAACAAUCUCAAGUCAUCACUGAGACACGGAGACUUACCCAGUGUUGGCACAAAAGCUUUUAGAGAACCACAUUUCAUGUUUUUAAGCUUUAUAGAGCAUAACAGGGAGUGUGUGUGUCAGGAGACACGCUGUCCAACGAUCCAAACAACCUCUCCUCUGAGUCUUGGCUGCAGGAAGUCGGCUCAGUUGUUGGAAAAGAGGGAAGAAACCAUCAAAUCCCGUCUGGGUUUGUUCCUGCUCGUGUUUUUGGCAUGUGUCCCUCGUCUUACUGUAGCACACUGGGACCGUUUCAGUUGGUUUUGUUUUUGGGACUGAAUGUGCUUCCUGUUGCCGCUGGCCAAUCGCAGAACUGCAUCUUACACGCCGUUUGUGUUUGAGCCGGCCGCUCCAGUCACCCUCAGAACCACUGCUAGAUUUGACACGCAGAUUUCCGUGUAGUUUCACACUGUCCACGCUACAAUCAGGAGUCUGGGCUGGCUUUUAACCUUAGAGAUCUGGUCGAGACUCGAGUGGAGGGAAUUCCAUUUCCUUCAUCUGGGAGAAAAAAAGGGAACCGGGAAACCCAGAUGAUCCUGUAACAAGAAUGUCUCGUUCCCCCGUUGGGCGUUUGAUUUUUAGACGGUUCAUGUGGACAAACCCAGUCCACACUGGAAUUGUCUUAACCUCUUUAAAUGGAAAAAAAAAGGACAAAUGUGUCUUCUUUGGUUUCUGGGGGUCUGAUUUUAUAGAAAUGAUGUAAAAGUCAGUCUUUUUUCUAACGUUACCACUCCCUACUAACUGCCAGCAAAGCCCUGAGUUACAGAUGUUUAACUUUUCUGGUUUUUAACCGUAGAUCUGUCCUGAAAGAUGCGUCCUCUGGUAGUAACUUAAGUGACAACCCAUGUGUAAAUAUAUUCACAAAAUUCCCAACUUUAAUAUUUGAAAUCCAGAUCAUUCCCUGGAUUUCUGGCACAGAGGUGAGAAUUUCUAAAGCACACCUUGUUCAUGCUGGGAAGAAGUGCAGACAGGAUGGCUCUAACGGGGGUAAUGGUUGGAGGAGGGCAGUUUUCCUGGGAAAAGCCACCACAAUGACAAUGAGGGCUGGAGAAAAAGGGUUUGGGAAAGCUGCUGCCUGGUUGUGUGUUCGUACUUCUGCCAUUUUGUUUGCAGUUUUUAACCAUCAGGAGACGCGUUUGUCUUCCUGCAGCAUCUCCUUCAAGCUGUGGACUUGUCUGUUACCCUCCACGUCAGCAGUGGGAGUGAACGCCGUUUCGGUCCACGCUCAGCUGCUGUCCCUCCUGACAGAUUCAUGUCAAACUGGAGCCAUCAAAAAACCCUCUAAAGUAGUAGUUGUUACUCAGUUCUGUCCAGUGCAGUGAUGUUUUCCUGUCCAUUCAAUGAUCACUUUAAGAUGCGGCUCCAGCUGGAGCCCUUUGCCUUCAUUGGUCUAAAUGUCUCUACAGACUGUUACAGAAGCUCUGCAGACAUAUUUAACAUGUGCAUUUAUUCUUUUUACUCCACGUUUGUCUAAUUUAUUAGUUCCAUGUGGUGACAGUGUUGCUAUAAAGCUGUUUUCCUAAAUGUUUAGAACUAUUUGUUGCACUGCUAACAUAAAGUGGGCGGAGUGAUGACUGUCAUCUGUGCUCAGCUGCAUUAGUUCACUUCCUGUUGUCUCGGACUAAACAUUUACCAGCAGACUAAUAAACACUCCAAACACGU